AAUUUGAGGUAUAUAACUGAAAACUGAUCGAUUUUAGAACAUCCUUGAAGAAAAUGGAAGAAGCCCUUGGAGAAUUGGAACGAGUCCAAACCCAGCUCCUCCAACGCAUAUCAAAACUAGAACAAGAUUCUCAUUUUCCACCUAACCCCCCUCUCAUCAACGACCCUCACACUGACACUGACACUGAAACUGAAACUGAAACAGAAACAGUUUCUCGCCUCUCUUCCAUUCUACACACCAACAACGUUAACGACUUCUCCUUCAAAAGGGUCGCUUCCGAUUACUACGAUUGGCCUCUCGAAUCUCGUCGCGAUGCUCUUAACGCCGCUUCGAUUCACCAUCUUUGUAAAAGCAUAGUUUUGGUUAACACGCAAGCACCUGCAAAUGUUGUUGAUUGUUCUGAUCGAAAUAAUUCUAAGUACUAUGUUGUCGUUGUUCAGUAUACUGCUCGGUUCAAUGCUGAGGCUGUGAGAAACUUUUUGUACUCUCUCAACAAUGGAACUAUAGCCAAAAAGAAAUUCAACUUGAGGCUGGCUCCUGAGGAAAUAUCAAUGGAGUUAACUGGAUAUGGGCACAAUGCUGUGACUUGUAUCGGAAUGAAAACAGACAUUCCGGUGAUUUUGGAUGAAGCUAUUGUAAAACUGACUCCAGAUUUCUUUUGGUUGGGUGGUGGUGAGGUGGAUCUGAAGCUAGGGAUCCGGACAUCCGAACUACUCAGAUUUAUCAACCCAUUCAUCGUCAGCUGUAGCAGUAGUUGAUUUUGUUGGUUAGGAAUAGGGGUCAGGAUAAAUCAAGGAUACAUGGAUAGCUGUCAUCUUCAGCUUUCCAUUUUUGUUUUUUAUCUGAUUUGAAUUGUUGUCCACCGAGAAAUCCAUAUUCAUUUUUAUAGCGAAUUUUGUACGCUGAAGAAGAUAUUAUCCUUUGAGAUUUAAAUCCAGCCAACAUCAUGGCUUUAUAUUUCAUUUUUUAUUUGGUGAAAA